AUGGCAAACACAUCUAUUACUCCACCUCGCGUAUCAAAUGUACUCGACGCCAUAGGCAAUACACCAUGCGUCGAGCUGAAACGUAUCACUCCAGAAGGACACGCCCGUGUGUUUCUCAAGCUCGAGUUUCUCAACCCCACGGGCUCGUACAAGGAUCGCAUGGCGAGAGCAGUCAUUGAAGAGGCAGAGCGACAAGGCAUCUUGAAGCCCGGGAUGACUGUUGUCGAAGCAACUGGUGGCAGCACUGGCUCAUCCCUUGCCCUUGUCUGCGCCGUCAAGGGAUACAAGUUCCGUGUCAUCUCUUCGGAUGCGUUUGCAAAGGAAAAGCUACGGACAAUGGCAGCCUUUGGAUCUGACCUUGACUUGAUUGCGAGCGCGAACGGCAAGAUCACGCCCGACUUAAUUCCUUCCAUGAGAGAAAAGGCCAAGGGGUUCUCAAAAGAGGAGGGUGUCUUUUGGGUGGAUCAGUUCAGCAAUACUGAUGUCCUUGUCGGCUACCAGACCCUCGGCCACGAACUCGUUCAGCAAUUUCCCGACGGUAUCAAUGCCUUUUGUGGCGCUGUCGGAGGCGGCGGUAUGGUCAUGGGCGUGUCAAAGAUCUUGAAGGAGAAAUAUCCACAGACGCACAUCGUGGUUCUCGAACCAGAGUCUGCGCCCGUAAUUACCAAGGGCCACGGCGGGAGCCACAGCGUCGAGGGAAUCGGCAUCGGGUUUGUGCCUCCGUUGCUGGAUGAAACUCUCUACGAUGAGGCGAAGGGCAUUCCAGAGGCUGAGGCGCGCGAAAUGUGCCGGCGCCUGGCAAAAGAAGAGGGAAUACUGGUUGGGACUUCGAGUGGCCUGAAUGUUGUCGCCGCGCUUGAACUGGCAAAGCAGCUCGGGCCGGGCAAGACGGUUGUUACGGUCGCAUGCGAUACUGGGCUGAAGUAUAUGAACAGCGGUUUAUUUGAAUAA